UCCGGGCGGCGGGGGGCAGUGCCAUGCACAAGCACCAGCACUGCUGUAAGUGCCCCGAGUGCUAUGAGGUGACCCGCCUGGCCGCCCUGCGACGCCUCGAGCCUCCUGGCUAUGGGGACUGGCAGGUGCCCGAUCCCUAUGGGCCAGGUGGGGGCAAUGGAGCCAGCGCGGGUUAUGGGGGCUAUAGCUCCCAGACCCUGCCUUCGCAGGCAGGGGCUACCCCCACUCCCCGCACCAAGGCCAAGCUUAUUCCCACUGGCCGGGAUGUGGGGCCAGUGCCCCCUAAGCCAGUCCCAGGCAAGAACACCCCCAAACUCAAUGGGAGCGGCCCCAGCUGGUGGCCAGAGUGCACCUGUACCAACCGGGACUGGUAUGAGCAGGUGAAUGGCAGUGAUGGCAUAUUCAAGUAUGAGGAGAUAGUCCUUGAGCGGGGCAAUUCCGGCCUGGGCUUCAGCAUUGCAGGUGGCAUCGACAACCCCCAUGUCCCUGAUGACCCUGGCAUCUUUAUUACCAAGAUCAUCCCUGGUGGAGCAGCUGCCAUGGAUGGGAGGCUGGGGGUGAAUGACUGUGUGCUGCGGGUGAAUGAGGUGGACGUGUCGGAAGUGGUGCAUAGCCGGGCCGUGGAGGCACUGAAGGAGGCAGGCCCUGUGGUGCGGUUGGUGGUGCGGAGGCGACAGCCCCCACCUGAGACCAUCAUGGAGGUCAACCUGCUCAAAGGGCCCAAAGGUCUGGGUUUCAGCAUUGCUGGGGGGAUUGGCAACCAGCACAUCCCAGGAGACAACAGCAUCUACAUCACCAAGAUCAUUGAGGGGGGUGCUGCUCAGAAGGAUGGACGCUUACAGAUCGGGGACCGGCUGCUGGCGGUGAACAAUACCAACCUGCAGGAUGUGAGGCAUGAGGAAGCUGUGGCCUCACUGAAGAACACAUCAGAUAUGGUCUAUCUGAAGGUGGCCAAGCCAGGCAGCCUCCACCUCAACGACAUGUAUGCACCCCCUGACUACACCAGCACUUUUACUGCCUUGGCUGACAACCACAUAAGCCAUAAUUCCAGCCUGGGUUAUCUCGGGGCCGUGGAGAGCAAGGUCAGCUACCCUGCUCCUCCUCAGGUUCCCCCUGCCCGCUACUCUCCCAUCCCCAGGCACAUGCUGGCUGAGGAGGACUUCACCAGAGAGCCCCGCAAGAUCAUCCUGCACAAGGGCUCCACAGGCCUGGGCUUCAAUAUCGUAGGAGGAGAGGAUGGAGAAGGCAUUUUUGUCUCCUUCAUCCUGGCAGGAGGCCCAGCUGACCUGAGUGGGGAGCUGCGCAGGGGAGACCGGAUCUUAUCGGUGAAUGGCGUGAAUCUGAGGAAUGCCACUCAUGAGCAGGCUGCAGCUGCUCUGAAACGGGCUGGCCAGUCAGUCACCAUUGUGGCCCAGUACAGACCUGAAGAGUACAGUCGCUUUGAGUCGAAGAUACAUGACUUGCGAGAACAAAUGAUGAACAGCAGCAUGAGCUCUGGGUCUGGGUCCCUCCGGACAAGUGAGAAGAGGUCUUUGUAUGUCAGGGCCCUGUUUGAUUAUGACCGGACUCGGGAUAGCUGCCUGCCAAGCCAGGGGCUCAGCUUCUCCUAUGGUGACAUCCUUCAUGUUAUUAAUGCCUCUGAUGAUGAGUGGUGGCAGGCAAGACUGGUGACCCCACAUGGGGAAAGUGAGCAGAUCGGUGUGAUCCCCAGUAAAAAGAGGGUGGAAAAGAAAGAGCGAGCUCGAUUGAAAACCGUGAAGUUCCAUGCCAGGACGGGGAUGAUUGAGUCAAACAGGUCGAUCAAAAAGAAACGUAAAAAGAGUUUCCGCCUCUCUCGAAAGUUUCCAUUUUACAAGAGCAAAGAAAACAUGGCCCAGGAGAGCAGCAUACAGGAACAGGGAGUGACAUCCAACACCAGUGACAGCGAAAGCAGUUCCAAAGGACAAGAGGAUGCUAUUUUGUCAUAUGAGCCAGUGACCCGGCAAGAAAUUCACUAUGCAAGGCCUGUGAUCAUCUUGGGCCCAAUGAAGGACAGAGUCAAUGAUGACCUGAUUUCAGAGUUCCCACAUAAAUUUGGAUCCUGUGUGCCACAUACUACUCGGCCUCGGCGUGAUAAUGAGGUGGAUGGACAAGACUACCACUUUGUGGCAUCCCGAGACCAGAUGGAGAAGGACAUUCAGGACAAUAAGUUCAUCGAGGCAGGCCAGUUCAACGAUAAUCUCUAUGGGACCAGCAUCCAGUCAGUGCGGGCAGUGGCUGAGAGGGGCAAGCACUGCAUCUUGGAUGUUUCUGGCAAUGCCAUCAAGAGGCUGCAGCAAGCUCAGCUUUACCCCAUUGCCGUUUUCAUCAAGCCCAAGUCCAUUGAAGCGCUUAUGGAGAUGAACCGACGGCAGACGUACGAGCAGGUGAAUAAGAUUUAUGACAAAGCCAUGAAACUGGAGCAGGAGUUUGGGGAGUACUUCACAGCCAUUGUACAGGGUGACUCACUGGAGGAGAUUUAUAACAAAAUCAAACAAAUCAUUGAGGACCAGUCGGGGCACUACAUUUGGGUCCCAUCCCCUGAAAAACUCUGAAGAACCCCCCCCAACCAUUCUCUUGUGAACAGAAGAAAUCAAGUCCCUCUUCCCUCCUCCUUCAUUCCUGUCCCCACUGGGAGAACAAACGACUACUGUUCUUGUCCCCUUUUUUAGCUAUGUCAAAAAAAUUGAGUUUUCUAGUCCUGUUCUGUUUUUUUAAAUUUUGGUUUUGUUUUAGUUUAUUUUUGGGGAUGAUGCCAUCUCACUCAUCGUGUGGCUGUGCCCAUUCCCGCAUGGACCUUCCCCCAGCACUAGCACUGGUGCAGACCUGCCGGAGUCAUUGCUUCAUCCAAACCAAGCAGAGCGAAGAGAAGAGAGGAGGACUGAUGGAAAGACAGACUCGGGGCAGCUGCACGGCUUGUGAAGUGAGCUCCACGUGCCAUGGGACAAGGUGCUCCUGGGCAUGUCUACCACUCUGUACUGCUGUCAUGCAGCUCCGAGCGGCGCAAUGUAAUGGCGACAGAAAAUAUUUAUAUAUAGAUAUAUAUAUAUAUGUAAUUUAUAUAAAAUAUAUAGAAAUUAUUAUAUAUAUAUAUUAUACACUCUCAUAAUAUAUAUAUAUUCACACACAUUUGGACUAGAAAAUCUAUGGAGACUUCAUCAAUGGUACUAUGUUAUUAGAGAAAUGCUUUAAUUUUCAUAUUCCAAUUAGAUGGCAUCUUCUAUCCCAACUGGUUGGGGAGGGAUUGAAAAUGGUAGGUAGGAAGUGUUGUACCAAGGCCCUACAUUUGGUCAUUCUCUUGAGAGCUGGGAUUUUCUCUGGGAGAGAGUGAGCAGGAGGCCUGCAAGGAAGGGCCUUUGCCUGGGGGUGAGAGGGUUGGAGAUUUGACCCUAAAGCAGCUGCUGCCCUUGAGGUGCAGUCAGCCCUAUGUGUGGAAAGAGAGAAUGGCUAAGGAUGCUCCAUAUUAAAUUGCCUAUUGUUUUAUGCCACCUGAUGUGUCUGCAUGAGAGGUUUCCUUUUUGUUCUUUUUUAAGCUGCUGUAAACCAAAACCAUGUUGUGCUACUGUGUCAGCCUUUCCAUUAUCCCCAGUUUUACUUUUAACUAUUUAAGUGAAUGCGUAGAAUUCAGUUUCGUAGUGUUCUUGAGGCUCGUGCUGCCUGGGGGAGCAGGCCUUGUGAUCGAGUGGGGGGGCUGUCCAGGCAGCAAGAGGGAAGUGGGGGCUGGGAGAAUGGGGGGGUGCAGAAGCUGGGGCUCUAUUGCAGCGGGUCCCCUCACUCACCUGCCAGGGACACCUGGGGCCCCUUUGUGGGGCCCGGUGAGAAGGACAGCACCGGGCGUGGCCAGCCGAGCGCCAAGAGGUUUAACUGCAGGUGUUCUCCCGCUGCCUUGUGCCCCAUCACAGCCCCUCACUGGCAGCUGGUACCUUACUGUUCCUUAGGAAGAAAGUAGACUCUGAUGCUGUCAGUUUGAGCUGAGGAGCUAAGAUUCCCUUACUGGUGAGAUGUGAAACCUGUUGCUUCUUCCCAGACUCAGAUGGCAGUGACUGUGGUCAAGGAAGUUGUUCUCCAACCACAGGUGCAGGGGGCAGUGUGGCUUAGGCCCAUCCUCAGCCCACUGUGCUCUUCUGACACUGCCAGGCCUCCCUUGCCUCCAUGCCAGAGGCAUGACACAUGGGAGAGGUGUGGAUAUGCUCGGCCUUGGGGUUGAGUAUGUGGUUUCCCAGCCCAUCGUGUCAUGACCCAUGCAGGUGAUGCCAUGUUGAAUAUGCUUUGAGUGCUACCUGCCAAGUUUGGGAAACCUGUUAACGGUUCUCCUGCCAGCAUCAUGAGGCUAACUGUCCAGUGCGGAGGCCAGAGUGAGGGGAAAGACAGGGCAGCAGCUUAACCUGGGCAGUACACUGGCUUGAAGGCAAAGAGAGAUGAAGUGAUGGCUGAUGGUGACUCUGGCGAGGAGGGGUGAGCAGGGCAUGGUGAUGUCACAGAGGUUAAGUGACAUGGUCUGAAUGAUGCUCAGCUCUCUACCCCUCCCAGGGAAGAAAAGCAAAGAUUGAAAGAAAGCAAGCAUGGCAACUAGUUGGUUUACCAGUGUUCCUUCCAAGGAGACAUAUAUUUUUUAAUAAACGAUAGUUGCAAUGAA